UAAUGCUGGCGGAAUGCGAAUCGCCACCCUCUCCGAGACGGGCAAACUUCGGACGCUCCCCGCCGCAGGAAGGGGCAAGGUAGUAAAUCGAGGUUGACACACAGCAACAGCGAAGGCCGCCUCCGCUCUCACGUUAAGGUGCGCGAACAAGUGUGUAUGGGACGGAGAAUACUUUGCACUAGAUUGGUAUGUGUUUGAGUUUAAAGACCCGGAAUUAGCAGGUUUGGAUUUCUCCGGCGGAGCCCUUACAGCAGCGAAUUGUUUUAGAGUCGGAUCGUCUGUCCCAAUAUAACGAGCUGGCCACUGUGACGUGAAAAUUUAAGUCAAGUAACCUGGGGUAAAAUAAAGGAGAUAAGCACUAAGUGCUGCAGUAACCCAGCCGGUCAGACAGCAACUGUGGAGAAAAUGGAUGGGUCUGUUUGCUGGAAAAAAGUGCUUAAAUAGUUGAUAUGUGUGGGGAAGCCUGUGGAGGUGCAUGCUGGAGUCGCGUGUCUUACUUUACAGGGCGAGCGAAACGCGAUGCAAGAAAGUAGAAAAGUGAAAAGAAGCAAAGAUCACUUGUGAAGAUAUUUUUCCUUUAACCCAACAAGGCAACAACUCUGGAAACAACAACGGCAGGGGCCUCUGGAGAUGUUUGGCACCUUCCUCCAAGUCAUUGUCUACCGCGUUCCUAUUGUUUCGAAGUAUGUCAUACACUUGUAUCCCCCUUUUCGACCCAGAUAUGCUACAUUUCCUAUUUGCACGGAGUUAUAACACUUGCAAAGCUGUGUAAUAACUGCACCCGGCGCCGGAGCUCCCGGGCUGUUCACUUUGCUGCUUUUGUUUUGAUUCCUCUUUGGGAGAGCAGCAGCUAUUUAGUUUCCUUGCUCUCUGUGUGUUUCUCUCUCCUCCUCUCCUCCCCUCCGCUUCCCCCUUUGCCUCCUUCUGCGUGGUUGCCCCGGGUCCAGAGAGCAAUGAAAGAAAUCCCCCACCGGGCCCGCCCGCCCGCCCGCCCACCAAUCGCAUGCCGGGGAUGCUGCUCCCUGGCCGGGGUUGCCAUGGCAACUCACAUCAAUCAUGCGGCGAGCAGCCAAUGGGAGGCCCGGGGCCGGCGCGUACACAGCGUCGGCUUUUCCUAGCUCGGCGCUGCUGCCAAUGAUCCGAGCUCGGUGCAAGUUGUCAAAGGCUCGGCUCGUUUAACAAGUCAGAUCACUCCGGCUCAGCAAGUCAUGGCGACCACAGCAUCAAAUCAUUACAUUACGAGCGGCAAUAUCCUCACCUCCAACUCCAUCGUGCACGCCGCCGAGCCGGGGAGCAUGCAACAAGGGACAGCCUACAGGGAUGCACAGAAACUGGUCCAGAAUGAUUACAUGCAAAGCAAUGGGCACCCUCUCAGCCACGCUCACCAAUGGUUAACCGCUCUCUCACACGCCGAGGGAUCUCCGUGGUCGGCCGGCGUGGCGGCCAGUCCCCUCGGCCAGCAAGACAUCAAGCCCACGGUGCAAACGGGGAGGGACGAACUCCACAGUGGGGGCACUUUGCACCACCGGCCGCCUCACAUGGUGCACCAGCACGGCAACCACCACGGUGCAUGGGGCAACGCCACCUCACCCCACAUCCCCAGCUUGGCAUCCAACGGCCAAAGUCUCAUCUACUCGCAGCCGGGCUUCACGGUCAAUGGCAUGAUCAACCCGGCAUCGACCCAAGGCAUGCACCAUGGGCUGAGGGAAGCCCACGAGGAGCAUCACCACGGGGACCACGGUCAACAUCACCAACAGCAACAUCAGCAGCAGCAGCAGCAGCACCAGCAGCAGCAGCAGCAGCAGCAGCACCACCAGCAUCAGGGUCACGAGCACUCGGACGAGGACACCCCUACCUCGGACGACUUGGAACAGUUCGCCAAGCAGUUCAAACAGAGGAGGAUCAAGCUAGGAUUUACCCAAGCCGACGUGGGACUAGCUCUUGGGACGCUCUACGGCAAUGUCUUCUCGCAGACUACCAUCUGCAGGUUCGAAGCGCUUCAGCUGAGCUUUAAAAACAUGUGCAAACUCAAACCCUUGUUGAACAAGUGGCUGGAGGAGGCCGACUCGACGUCCGGAAGCCCCACCAGCAUAGACAAAAUCGCUGCCCAAGGCAGAAAGAGGAAAAAGAGGACCUCGAUCGAGGUGAGCGUCAAGGGAGCUUUGGAGAGUCAUUUUUUGAAGUGCCCGAAGCCCUCGGCCCCGGAGAUCACUUCUCUGGCGGACAGUCUGCAGCUGGAGAAAGAGGUGGUCAGGGUUUGGUUUUGUAACAGAAGACAAAAAGAGAAACGAAUGACUCCUCCCGGAGGAGCACACCCCGGAGCCGAGGAUGUAUAUGGGGCGAGGGACACCCCGCCGUCACACCAUGGGGUUCAGACUUCUGUACAGUGAAUGCUCUCCCCUUCACAUCUUUUGUUCCUUUUAUUUGUUCUUUUCUUAACGAACAGCUUAAAACACCGGACUAUCGUUGCGAUAGCACAUGUUAAUGGUGUGUUUUGACCUGUACAGAUGGAGCUGGCGGGCAAAUGGAGUGAGUAUAUAAAUAAUAACAGAGGCACUGAUAUACAUACCUUUACAAAACUGUGGCGAAGAGACACAAAACUGCCUAGGAUAGAAUGGGACCAGAAAGGCUGCUAUAAUUCUUAAUGUAUAGAUCCACUGUGACAGGCAGGAGCAAAGGGUUGUGUGUGUGUGCGCGUAUGUGUGGUGUGUAUUUGGUGUGUGUGUGUGUGUGUGUGUGUGUGUGUGUGUGUGUG